AUGUCAGCAGCAUCGCCUACACCGCUGGCCCAAGGUAGCCACUUCUCGCUUGGGCGAAGGACGUCAGCAAGACAGGCGCUGAGACGGCCACCUUCUCGUCCACAGCUUGGGCGUAGCGAGUCCAACCCCGUUCAUCCCACCUCCAUAGGUGGUGAUGCCGGCCAGAACUCGGCGUCGCAGCCGCAACAGUACUCGACCCUCAACGACAGCUCCGACGAUGAGAUACCGGUACCUAUGAAGCUCAGUGCUCUCACCAAGGCUCUGCUCAGCGACGGCAGCGCGUCGAAUGCAGCUGGCGGACCGUCUGCGAAUGGAAACGUGGACCAGGCCGCCGCUCAGGGACCAGCUAUGAUGACUAGGAGGAGGAGUGUACUUAACCGGUCAACUUCAUCGGCUGGAGGGGAUGCACCGCCAGAGGGCCCUGCCGUAAGACAGACUAGGAGACACGCCAGAUCAGGCAGCGCGCAGAUCUCUUCCUCCAGACCUACCUCUCCGAUUCGGAGCCGCGAUAGCAGCCCUGCCCCGAGAAAGAGAGUCGUCAGGCUGAGCACCACUCCAGCAGGUGGGCUGCCCAACCAGAUCCCUCCUAGGAGGUCCUUGUCAUCAUCGAAGCAAGCUCGACGUGCACCGAGCCGCGAGAGGGUGGAGGACAAAAGUCAAGUGGAGAGCCAGCAACAGUCACAGGCCCAGACACAACCCGAGCCGCCCCAGCCAGUCGUCAACACUCCUGCUAGUGCCAGGAGAAGAGUCCAGAUCGCCGUGGGCUCCUCGGGCAACAAGGCCCGGCUUUCAAGCUCGUCGGGCCUAUCAUCCAAACGAUCAGGAUCCGCGCCCCAAAGCGAUUAUGAACACCUGGAAGACCCUGCUACUGUCGACCGGCCCCAAGGAAGCGUCUCUCGUUUCGGUGCUAGUGUCAGAGGAAAGGAGAGCGACCCGGCGCUGCAGAGCUCUAUGCGCAUCAAACGCAUCGGCAAGGUACCCGGCAGCUUCCUGAGCGGGCCAGCCCGCCGAGGCCGGAGGAGACAGAGCGAGGAAGAUGACGAGAAUAGCCCUGUGGACGAGAAUGGAAAUCGCCUGGCGGGCAGCCAGGAGCGCGAGAGCCAGCCGAACGAGGGGGAUGGCGCCGUGUCUUCCUUUUAUGCACCUUAUGCUCAUGAUCCAGCUGCGUCUGGUAGCCCAGUGAGUGCCAAGGACUCCGCAAGAGCGUCCCUAAGAAAUGGGUCCUCUGCUGCCGCAGUGCGUCUUUCCCCAGCAGGCGCCAAGAGCGGCGACGAGAUUGAGAUCCCGCAUUAUCGAAUUCGUGCUCCCAGGCCCGCGCUGCCUUCUUCGCAUGAUCAGGAGAACGACGUCCCCGCUAGUAUCAAGAGAUCGUCAGUUCUCGCCGAUAAGGGCUUGGACAAGCCAGUUCGGCCACUGAGCGUUGAUAUCGGCAGUGCGGCCAAGCCCGGUGCCGCAGCUUCACCUGAACGCAAGGCCCUAGCUUCCCUGAGCAAGAACACGCCGCACCGACCCGCGCCUCCACCUCCGCCAAAGAUGAGCGUGCUGGAGACGGCCACUGCAAGGGCAGGCGCCGCCACCACUGGCCAAGCCAGUAAGAAGCAGCGCAUCCUGCUCAAGGUGAACGGACGGUCGUACCAGCGCCUCGAUUGCAUCGGCCGCGGCGGCAGCGGCAAGGUGUAUAAGGUCACCGCUGAGAACGGCAACAUAUUUGCGCUCAAGCGAGUGUCGAUCGAGAACGCCGACGAGGCGACCAUCCGGGGCUACCUUGGCGAGAUUGAGCUGCUCAAGAAGCUCUCGGGCGUCGACCGCGUCAUUCAAUUAUACGACUGCGAGAUGAACCACGAGAAGAAGAUGCUAAGCUUGCUUAUGGAAAUGGGCGAGCUCGACCUCAACCGUCUACUCCGUGUCCGCCAGAACCCCGAAGGUUCCAAGCUCGAUACUGCAUUCAUCCGCUUCUACUGGAAAGAGAUGCUCGAGUGUCUCCAGGCCGUCCACGCCCACGACAUUGUGCACUCUGAUCUCAAGCCGGCCAACUUUGUGCUCGUCAUGGGCCGCCUCAAGCUCAUCGACUUUGGCAUCGCCAACGCCAUCCAGACCGAUGAAACUGUCAACGUCCACCGCGAGACGCAGAUCGGCACGCCCAACUACAUGUCUCCCGAGUCCCUGAUGGACUCGCAGCAGUACGCCUUCACCUCGGCCAACUUUGGCGGCCGGCCCGGUGCGCUGCCGCACGGCCCCAAGGGCCCCAAGCUGAUGAAGCUCGGCAAGCCGAGCGACGUGUGGAGCCUGGGCUGCAUCCUGUACCAGAUGGUCUACGGGUCGCCGCCGUUCGGCCACAUCCAGAACCACCUGGCGCGGUGCCACGCCAUCAUCAACUGGAACCACAACAUCGAGUUCCCGGAGCGGGGGCUGGGCGGCGUGGCCGUGCCGCCCUCGCUGCUGCGCACCAUGAGGCGCUGCCUCAACCGCGAGCAGCACCAGCGGCCCACGUGCGAGGAGCUGCUGCUGCCGACGGACCCGUUCCUGUACCCGGUCGAGGUGGACGCCGUGGGCGGCGGCGCGGGCGCCCUCCCCGUCACGGAGGAGCUGCUGGGCCGUAUCAUCCAGAGCGUCGUGGCGCGGUGCCGGGAGCGCAUGCCGACGGAGAGCGAGGCGCUCGGGGCAUGGCCGGGGGCUUACUUUGCCAGCGUUAGGAAGGCUGUCGGGGUCAGCAGGGAGGAGAGGAGGUGA